ACUUUUAAAUGCCGAUAUCCGUUUCCUGUUAGACGUCAACGCCAAAACUAUCCUAUUUUUCUAAUAUUUUGGUGAUUUUGGUUUCCAUCUCAAACCACGCAGUAAAAUCUAAUACAACUACCAUCAUAAUCUGAAACCUAAUCGUUCUUUCAGCUAAAUUCAUCAUGCCGCGUGGUAAAUAUACCAACCAUAAAGGUCGCAACCGUAAAUUUACUAGCCCUGAAGAACUUGAGGAACAGAGAAAGCAGGAAGAGCUAAAACAAAAAUGGAGGAAAGAACAUGCAGACAGCUCUAGUGAAGAGGAAGAGUCUGGAGAUAACAAAUCAGGGUCUGGAAGUAGUGAUGAAAGUGACUCCGAUGAGGAUCAUCCUACUAAAGCAAAAGGAGUCUCUGGGCUUAUUGAAGUAGAAAAUCCAAACCGAGUAGUAAAGAAAAAUAAGAAAUUAUCUAAUUUGAAUACUAGCUUAGGAGAAGGAGAGAAACCUCAAUUAUCUAGGCGUGAACGCGAAGAAAUUGAAAGGCAACGCGCGGCCGCAGCGUAUCAAAAGGCCCACGCAGAAGGCAAGACGGAGCAGGCCCGCGCAGACCUGGCCCGAUUGGCAAUCAUCCGCCAGCAGAGAGAGGAGGCUGCCAAGCGGAGAGAGGCCGAGAAGAAAGCCAAGGAGGAGGUCCCUAAGAAGAGGUAGAUAAAUAUGAGCUCCCAUGAGAAUGUUUCACCACUCGCUGUUUUAUGCCCAUAAUCUCAGCUAGGUUAAGCUUUCAAAAUCGCCCUCAACCCC